CUCACACGCACAUACACACACCGGGAAACCUCCGUACCGAACUAACACGCACACCCUCACACGGGAGUGGAUAUGUUGGCAAGUUUUGGAAUUUAACCAUGGCAUGGAUAUCUAACCCAAAGAUCACUUGAACUGGUCUCCCGACACUCAGUGGCACUGUGGACGAUGCGCUGGAUGACCGCUCAUAUUGGAGAGGAGAGCACCGACGAUCAAUAGGAACUAUUUUUCUCUCCCUCUCUCCCUACCCCUGUCGAAAAAGCGUCCAGACUCGUUCAGUUGCACAGACAACGGUGACUGUGGUUUUAGGACGGAGUGGGACGGGCAGCCAGCCUUGCCUCGUUUUCGAAGUUUACCGAUAUGUGGCCUCCCCAGGGGCCAGCGGGUGUGCUUAACCCAGGGAGGGUGCUUCUUCUUGGGCUUCUAGUGGUCUGUAUGCGCCCGGCCCAGUCCCGGAUUGAACCGGAGCCUUUCAAGACCUUCUCGCCGUCCGAGUGGGGGCUGACGCACCUGGCCAUCCACAACAAGACGGGCGAGGUCUACGUGGGCGCGGUCAACUGGAUCUUCAAGCUGUCGAGCAACCUGACCAAGCUGCGCAGCCACAUGACCGGCCCCGUGGUGGACAACGAGAAGUGCUACCCCCCGCCCAGCGUCCAGUCCUGCCCCCACGACCUGGCCCAGACCAGCAACGUCAACAAGCUGCUCCUGGUGGACUACGCCCAGAACCGGCUCAUCGCCUGCGGGAGCACCUCGCAGGGCAUCUGCCAGUUCCUGCGGCUGGACGACCUCUUCAAGCUGGGCGAGCCGCACCACCGCAAGGAGCACUACCUCUCCAGCGUCUCCGAGUCCGGCACCAUGUCCGGGGUCAUCAUCUCCGACGACUCGGGCAGCAAGCUCUUCAUCGGCACGCCCAUCGACGGCAAGUCCGAGUACUUCCCCACGCUGUCCAGCCGCAAGCUGAUGGCCAACGAGGAGAACGCCGACAUGUUCAGCUUCGUCUACCAGGACGAGUUUGUCUCGUCGCAGCUCAAGAUCCCCUCGGACACGCUCUCCAAGUUCCCCGCCUUCGACAUCUACUACGUCUACGGUUUCAGCAGCGAGCAGUUCGUCUACUAUCUCACCCUCCAGCUGGACACGCAGCUGACCUCGCCGGACGCCAGCGGCGAGCAGUUCUUCACCUCCAAGAUCGUGCGCCUCUGCGUGGACGACCCCAAGUUCUACUCGUACGUCGAGUUCCCCAUCGGCUGCACCAAGGACGGCGUGGAGUACCGGCUCAUCCAGGACGCCUACCUCAGCAAGCCCGGCCGGCAGCUGGCCAACUCGCUCGGCGUGUCCGAGCAGGAGGACGUGCUGUUCACCGUCUUCUCGCAGGGCCAGAAGAACCGCGCCAAGCCGCCCAAAGAGUCCGUGCUCUGCCUGUUCACGCUGCGCAGCAUCAAGGAGAAGAUCAAGGAGAGGAUCCAGUCGUGCUACCGCGGGGAGGGCAAGCUCUCGCUGCCCUGGCUGCUCAACAAGGAGCUGGCCUGCAUCAACUCGCCGCUGCAGAUUGACGAUAACUUCUGUGGCCAGGACUUCAACCAGCCCCUGGGCGGCACCAGCACCAUCGAGGGCCUCCCGCUCUUCCUGGACAAGGACGACGGCAUGACCUCGGUCGCCGCCUACGAUUACCGCGGCAACACGGUGGCCUUUGCUGGCACGCGCAAUGGCAGACUGAAGAAGAUCCUGGUGAACUCGGUGAGUCCGUCGCGUCCUGCUAUGCUGUAUGAGAACGUGGCGGUGAGCGACGGCUCCAGCUCCGGCAGCCCCAUCCUCAGAGACCUGCUCUUCAGCCCUGACCUGCAGCACCUCUACACACUCACAGACAAGCAGGUGACGCGGGUUCCUGUUGAGAGCUGUGAGCAGUACACCACCUGUGAUGAGUGCCUGGGCUCCAAAGACCCGCACUGUGGAUGGUGUGUCCUUCAUAACAUUUGUUCUCGUAAGGACCGGUGUGAGAGGGCCAGUGAGCCACAGCGCUUCGCCUCAGACUUGAAGCAGUGUGUGGAACUCACCGUGCAGCCCAGGAACAUCUCCGUCACCAUGUCUGAAGUACAGCUGGUGCUGCAGGCGCGGAACGUGCCAGACCUGUCGGCGGGGGUGAACUGCUCCUUUGGCGACUUCACCGAAAGUGAAGCACGCAUCUACAACGGGCGCAUUUACUGCCUGUCGCCCUCGGUCCGCGAGCUGGCCGCCAUCGCUCCUCAUCAGGGGGACAAACGAGUGGUUAAGCUGUACCUGAAGUCGAAUGAGACGAGGAAGAAAUUCGCCAGCGUGGAUUUUGUCUUCUACAACUGCAGCGUCCACCAAUCAUGCCUGUCCUGUGUUAACGGCUCCUUCCCGUGCCACUGGUGCAAGUACCGGCACAUGUGCACCCAGAACGCCAACGACUGCUCCUUCCAGGAGGGCCGCGUCAACAUGUCCGAGGACUGUCCUCAGAUCCUGCCGUCCAGCCAGAUCUAUAUCCCGGUGGGAGUGACCAAGCCCAUCACGCUGGCGGCCCGGAACCUGCCCCAGCCGCAGUCGGGCCAGAGGAACUACGAGUGCAUCUUCCACAUCCAGGGGGAGACCCAGAGCGUCACCGCCCUGCGCUUCAACAGCUCCAGCAUCCAGUGCCAGAAGACCACCUAUAAUUACGAGGGGAAUGACAUCAGUGACCUGCCAGUGGAUCUCUCCGUGGUGUGGAACGGCAACUUUGUCAUCGACAACCCCUUUAACAUCAAAGCUCACCUGUACAAGUGUCCGGCGCUGAGGGACAGCUGUGGCAUGUGUCUGAAGGCGGACCCUCACUUUGAGUGCGGCUGGUGCGUGCAGGAGCGCAAGUGCUCUCUGCGGCAGGAGUGCAGCGCGCCCGAGCACACCUGGAUGCACGCCACCACCGGCAACAGCCGCUGCAUGCACCCGCGCAUCACCAAGCUGUUUCCAGAGACGGGGCCGAGGCAGGGCGGCACCAGGCUGACCAUCAUCGGGGAGAACCUGGGCCUGCAGUUCAGCGACAUCGCCAACAAGGUCCGCAUCGGCAAGGUCAUCUGCACACCUAUUGAGGAGGAGUACAUCAGUGCUGAACAGAUCGUGUGCCGCCUGGCGGAUGCCACAGGGCACCCUGAGCAGAAGGCCAACGUGGAGGUGUGUGUGCGCGACUGCCAGCCAGAGUACCGGGCCAUCUCCCCCAAGCCCUUCACCUUCGUGUCGCCGUACUUCACGCGGGUGUCGCCGUCCUUCGGGCCCGUGUCGGGAGGAACGCGCAUCACCAUCCACGGCAUCCACCUCAACGCCGGCAGCGCCGUGGCGGUCAAGAUCGGCCUGAACCCCUGCAACUUUGAGAGACGCACCUCCAGGGAGAUAGUGUGUGUGACCCCAGCCGGACUGAACUCUGGGGGAACGCCCGUGAUGGUGGACAUCAACUCGGCCGAGCUCAGGAACCCCGAGGUCAAGUUCAACUACACCGACGACCCCACCAUAUCCAAGAUCGAGCCCGACUGGACCAUCGCCAGUGGUGGAACUCCAUUGACCAUAACUGGCACCAAUUUGGCCACCAUCAGAGAGCCCAAGAUGAGGGCCAAGUACGGCGCUGCCAAAUCCUUCAAUAACUGCACCGUGUACAACAACACGGUGAUGGUGUGCCUGGCGCCGUCGGUCAACGCGUCCGAGCGCAGCUUCUCCGAGGUGGGCAGCUCGCCGGACGAGGUCGGCUUCGUCAUGGACCACGUCCAGAUGCUGCUGGUGGUCAACGAGACGUUCAGCUUCUACCCGGACCCCGUCAUCGAGCCCUUCCCCGGGGACGGCAUGCAGGAGCUCAAGCCCAGCUCACCGCUUAUACUCAAGGGGAGGAACCUGAUCCCGUCUGCCCCGGGGAACUCUCGGCUCAACUACACGGUUCUGAUCGGGGACGCGCCGUGUGUGCUGACCGUGUCCGAGACGCAGCUCAUGUGCGAGUGGCCGGACAUCACCGGAGAGCACAAAGUCACGGUGCGCGUCGGCGGCUUCAGCUACUCUCCGGGCACGCUGCAGAUCUACUCGGACAGCCUGCUCACGCUGCCGGCCAUCAUCGGCAUCGGCGGGGGCGGCGGCCUGCUGCUGCUGGUCAUCAUCGCCGUGCUCAUCGCCUACAAGCGCAAGUCGCGCGACGCCGACCGCACCCUCAAGCGCCUGCAGCUGCAGAUGGACAACCUGGAGUCCCGCGUCGCACUCGAGUGCAAAGAGGCGUUCGCGGAGCUGCAGACGGACAUUCACGAGCUGACCCAGGAGCUGGACGGGGCGGGCAUCCCCUUCCUGGACUACCGCACGUACGCCAUGAGAGUGCUCUUCCCCGGGAUAGAGGACCACCCCGUGCUCAAGGAGAUGGAGGUCCCUGCUAACGUGGAGAAGGCCCUGGCCCUGUUUGGCCAGCUGCUGAACAAGAAGCACUUCCUGCUGACGUUCAUACGCACGCUGGAGGCGCAGCGCUCCUUCUCCAUGCGCGACCGCGGCAACGUGGCCUCCCUCAUCAUGACCGCGCUGCAGGGCGAGAUGGAGUACGCCACCGGCGUCCUCAAGCAGCUGCUCGCCGACCUCAUCGACAAGAACCUGGAGAGCAAGAACCACCCCAAGCUGCUGCUGCGCAGGACGGAGUCUGUGGCUGAGAAAAUGCUGACCAACUGGUUCACGUUCCUCCUCUACAAGUUCCUGAAGGAGUGUGCUGGCGAGCCCCUCUUCAUGCUCUACUGUGCCAUGAAGCAGCAGAUGGAGAAGGGUCCUAUCGACGCCAUCACCGGCGAGGCCCGCUACUCCCUCAGCGAGGACAAGCUCAUCCGCCAGCAGAUCGACUACAAGACCCUCACCCUGCACUGCGUGAACCCCGAGAACGAGAACGCGCCCGAGGUCAUGGUCAAGGUGCUCAACUGCGACACCAUCAUGCAGGUGAAGGAGAAGCUGCUGGACGCCGUCUACAAGGGCACGCCGUACUCGCAGAGGCCCAAGGCCGGGGACAUGGACCUGGAAUGGCGUCAGGGGAGGAUGGCCCGCAUCAUCCUACAGGACGAGGACGUCACCACCAAGAUCGACAACGACUGGAAGCGCCUCAACACUUUAGCCCACUAUCAGGUGACGGACGGGUCAGCCAUAGCUCUGGUCCCCAAACAGAACUCCGCCUACAACAUCUCCAAUUCCUCCACCUUCACCAAGUCUCUCAGCAGAUACGAGAGCAUGCUGCGCACUGCCAGCAGCCCAGACAGCCUGCGCUCCAGGACGCCCAUGAUCACGCCAGACCUGGAGAGCGGCACCAAGCUGUGGCACCUGGUCAAGAACCACGACCACUCCGACCAGCGGGAGGGGGACCGUGGCAGCAAGAUGGUGUCCGAGAUCUACCUGACACGUCUGCUCGCCACCAAGGGUACGUUACAGAAGUUUGUGGACGACCUGUUUGAGACCAUCUUCAGCACGGCCCACCGCGGCAGCGCUCUGCCCCUGGCCAUCAAGUACAUGUUUGACUUCCUGGACGAGCAGGCGGACAAGCACCUGAUCUCCGACUCCGAUGUUCGGCACACCUGGAAGAGCAACUGCCUGCCAUUGCGUUUCUGGGUGAACGUCAUCAAGAACCCCCAGUUUGUCUUCGACAUCCACAAGAACAGCAUCACGGACGCGUGUCUGUCGGUGGUGGCGCAGACCUUCAUGGACUCCUGCUCCACCUCUGAGCACAAGCUGGGCAAAGACUCCCCCUCCAACAAGCUGCUCUACGCUAAAGACAUUCCAAACUACAAGAACUGGGUGGAGAGGUACUACUCGGACAUCGCCAGGAUGCCGGCCAUCAGUGACCAGGACAUGAGUGCGUACCUGGCGGAGCAGUCCCGCCUCCACCUCAGCCAGUUCAACAGCCUGAGCGCACUCCACGAGAUCUACUCCUACAUCGUCAAGUACAAAGACGAGAUCCUGUCUGCCCUGGAGAAGGAUGAGCAGGCUCGCCGGCAGCGGCUGCGCUGUAAGCUGGAGCAGGUCAUCGACACCAUGGCCCUGGCCAGCUGAGAGCAGGCUGGACUCGCCGCCGGCUCCACCCGACCUGACCCUGAACCCCCCCACCUCCAACCUCCAACCUCCAACCUCAUGUCCCAACCACGUCGCCAUGACAACCCCCCACCCCAUCCCUCCCACCAACCAAGCUGCCCCACCCCAGGAGUUGAGGCGGGCUGGAUCCAGAUGGACACACAUGUGGGCCCCCCCCCCACUCCCCACCCAUAGACUACAGACUGCAAGGACAAGGGCGGAACACUGGAGGACACGCUGAGCUGGGCACACUGUGUGUGUAUGUGUGUGUGUGUGUGUGUGUGUAUGUUUAAGUUAGUGAGUGUAUGUGUGUGUUGCUGCGCAUGCAUGCUCACACAUAUGUGUGUGUUUGUUUGUGUGUUUGUGUGUGUGUGUGUGUGUGAAUGUGUGUGUGUGAAUGGGCGUGAAUGUGUGGGUGGGUGACCAUUCUCAGGUCGACACACGCACGGCAUCACAGAUAAGCAUUUGAUUAUUAUCGUCGCUGUUGCAAUUUUGUUUUUCUAUUGUUUUUCGUUUUUUUUAUUGUUCUUCGUGACGUUGCGUGGACGUUGCUGUGCGUCGCCAUGUACCACGCACACGCGCAUCCUCUGCCAGGCUUCGGCAGGAAUCCAGAAGGAAUGUUGGGAUGUCGGUGAACUCUCCAGCCAAUAGGAGGGUGUUUUUUUGGAUCAUGUGAUCAAAUGUGGGACUUGUGAUAGGCCACGUGGAGUUUUAAAGACUGUGUUCAUUCUGUUUAUUUGUGUGUGUAAAUGUAAUCAGCUGCCCACUUUCAGCUCUUUGCCACUUGUGUUACUGCUGAAUUUGCACAGUUUACAGAAACAAAUACAAAGGAAAGAUAUAAAGAUAUUAUAUAGAAGAUACAGUUACAUUUUCAAUGAAGCAGCGGUGGAUAAAAAAAAAAGUUUAUUUGCCAUUUUAAAUGUCCACACACACACAGUGAAAAACCAACCGAAACAAAUUUGAUAUUUCAACAGAACUACAUCAUAAAAAAAGAAGAAGAAAAAAAAAGUUGUACAAAAAUGAUCAAAAAUUUUUGUCCUGUGCCAUGUUUUAUUUGAAUGUUGUUUAGUGCAAAGACAUUUUGUUCGAUGGAAUGUGCUAUGAUUUGAAUAUGAACUUGCCUCGUGACUGAAAAAAGAGUGUUUUAGACUAUUAGAUGACAAAAAAGAACGAGAACAAGGGAGGAGAGACUGCAGGCAGGGAGAGGCUUGCAGGAAACAGGAACUUACGCUGGAAACUCGACAAAGAAACAAAACAAGACAAAAAAAAAAAAUGGCUCUUAGAACACUUGAAAUCACUGGGGUUUUCUCCAGGUAUCUGGGUCCACCGGGGUAUUUUUAAGAAACAGAACAUCCUCACUGCACACACACACACACUCACACACUCACACACACACACACACACACACACACACACACACACACACACACACACACUCACACACUGCACACAAAGCCUGCUGCUUUCUCUCAUGUCCCUGUGCUGGCGUGGUGAAGUGCGCUGCACUGCGGCCGCUGUGCCCCAGUGGGCCUGCCCCGUGCAGGCAUCAGAAAUGUGAAAGGUGAGAGGCCGGCUGGUAAAUACCAGCGCAGCUGUCACUCACCCAGUGAAUGAUUUGACCCACAUGAUUGACAUCCUCAGGCACCUCCCCCCCCCACCUUCCACCAGCUUCCUGACAUUUUCUCCAUCCUGCACACCCUCCCUCUCUCCCCUGACUCCCCUACUCUUCCUCCGCUCCCUGGCUUCCGUCUUUUCCCAUUUUCCUUAUCUCCGUUUUUUUUUUUCCGCCGUAGUUGUCACCGUGCUUGUCUCGGCCGUGCUCCCGGGCUAACGACGUGCGUUGGCCGCGCUUGUCUGGGCUCCCGUCCGCUUUGUUCCGGCAGGACCGAGGUCAGGGGUGAGCUGAUUAGCGCCGCCGCGGUCGCGUCGGUCGGCGUGGCGAACGCUCGCCGUCGUCGCACGCUGCACCCGGCACAAGAUGGAGGCGCCCGCCCUCGCGAGCGGAGUCUUCUCCUUCCCACACUCGCGCCGCUCUUCAGCUUGUGCUGCCGGGGAAGGAGAGGGAGAGGGAGAGGGGGGAGAGCACCAACGAGGCUGAUCAGAGGAGGAGAGACACACACAGAGAGAGAGAGAGAGAGGCUUUGGCUUCACCUCAUUACUGCUCCACACUCACUGAUCAGAGACAGUCAGAGAGAGAGAGAGAGAAAGAAAAGAGGGAGAGGGAGAGAAAGGCAAGCAGAAGCUUGGAGAUAGCAGGGUAUUUUUCUUUCCAUUUUGAAGUCAUUAGCCAGACGAGGCUAAGUAAUCCUUUUAGCCUCUGCUGCCCCCCUUUACCAUGACUGUCUGUGUGCGUGUGUGGGUGCUGCACGGGACUUAAACUAUGACUUUUAUUUUUAAAAGAGAAUUUUAUUAUGUGGAGGUCUUCUUGGAUGAAGUUUGACUUUGAUUACUGGAUUAUUUUGUUAUUUGAUUUGUGGCUUGUCUGAUCCAUUCUGUGCUGUAUAAUAGUAUUUUGCCUUUUUUCUUUGAGUUCAAUCCACAAAUCCACAAAUCCCCACCCCACCAGUCAGAUCCAAAAGCUGUCAUUUUUACUCUUUCUUUUUUUUUUGGUUAUAUUUGGCUCUCUGAAACUUGAAAGGAUGUUCCUUCAGGGGUACGAAAAAUAACAUCACAGUCAAUCAAUGCACAUCUCCAGCCCUUGUACUCAACCUAGGAGAUUAGUGCAUAGAUUCAUUUGAUGUUACUCGCAUUAGAAUAUUUUAAAGGUUUUCUGCCACAUUUUUUUUUAUAUAAUUAUUGUUUUGAUCUUCUAAUUUAUCCUCUAUUGUCCUUUUAUUUAUUUCCAAAGUAGCCAAGCCAAACCGCUCUCAUUCAGCCGUCUAUUGAAACUCAAACUUCCCCAGUCUAUUCAAUCAUGUUUCACAUGAAAGCUUGAUUCAUUUUCAGCAAGACAAUUUUUUUAUAUAUAUAUCUUGCACAAUGCUAGACUCCACUGGCGGCCAUUUUAGCCUCUCUGAUUGGCCUUGCCCAUUUUUUCUCUCUCUCUGUUUUUUUUGAUCUGGUUGAAAUCUCUCAUCACAAGCGAGUUCAGGAGGGGUCGGCCCAUGACAAGGGCCCCCUGGGAGUCUGCCCAGCUGAUGAUGAGUCUGUUACUCUCUGAGUGAGUUUGACACUCUCAUCCAUAUUUAACCAAGCCCGGGCUAUAAAAAGAAGUGGCUCUCCGCUGGCUACACACUUUCUCCUCGUCUCUCCACUCUUUCCUCUCCUUACUCUCUCUCAGAACGCCUUCUGAGUUUUUUUUUCUCUCUCUCUUCUUCUCCUUUUUUUGCUGUGCGUGUAUCUUUCGACCAGUCUAAGAUCUCGGCUAAUGGAAAUGAAUUACCUCGGAGCGCAUGGGCGCAGCGAAUUCGCCACCGACCAGCUCAUGAAUCGUCAGCAGUAUGUGAACACACACAGGGUGACACAUUAUCCAUGAAAUCAUUAUGCUUUUUUUCCCCCCUCCCCCCUUUUAGUUAGUUCCUCGCGGCUAAAAUGUCCCCCCGCUGAGGGACCCCGCAAGCCGCCUUUCGGCUAGAACCGUAGUGAAGCGCGAUCUCUCAGAGUGUCUCCACUCCUGUGUUUGGGAGAUGGGGGGGG